AUGACCACCUUUGAACGUGUGUUUACCAAACAAGACCCGACCAAUGCCGUGGGCCUCAUCGAGCGGAGGAACGCCAGGUGGGGCCAACUGACCUGCCUCGAGUUGGCCUACUUCGCCAACGACCUCUUCUUCAUUGCGGCCCCGUGCUCCCAGGCGACCAUCGAGCUCAACUGGCGGAGAGGCAUGGCGAAGGCACCCUAUUUUGCUGUUAUUAUCGCGAACGUCUUUCCCCUACUUAUAUUUUGGCCGAAACUCUUCCAAUUUCAAAAGCUCGGCGACAAGGGGAGUGACCUGACCGCACGGCAGAAGCUGAUCGUGUUCUACAAGUCGCCCAUCUCCAAGUUCUACGCCCACACCACCUCCUACGUCGCCUUCCUCCUCCUCUACUCGUACGUGGUCAUGUUCGACUUCAAGUACGAGAUGUCCGUGACCGAAAUGCUCGUUAUUGUUUGGAUCAGCGCAGUCGCCGUGGAGAAGGUUUCUGAGAUCUGCAUGGAGCAGUCCUCGAAGCCCUGGGACAAGCUGAAGGACUGGUCGUCUAGCGUGUGGAGUCGCUUCGACCUGAUGGCGGUCGUCCUGGCCUUCAGCGCCCUGGCUCUUCGGCUCAUCCGCAGCACGUUCAAGUGGGGCCGCACAUUCUAUGCUAUCAACACGGCCUUCUUCUACUGCCGCCUCUUCAGGAUGUACCACGUCAACUACCACCUGGGACCCAAGCUUGUCAUCUUCUACAGGAUGAUCACCGAAGUCCUGGUGUUCAUGGCGCUGCUGGUGAUCUUCAUCCUGGGCUACGGCAUCGCGUCCCAGUCCCUCCUGCACCCGUCCCACUACUCCUUCACCUUCAACGUCACCGAAGUGGGAAACAUCGUCGAAAGCGUCAUCCUCACGCCCUAUUGGCAGAUGUACGGAGAGCUUCUGCUGGACCAAAUCGUAGGUACCGACCAUGAGACAUGUCACGAGAAAUCUUGUCGGGUCGCGGACUCGUGCUUGAACCAGACUCAGGACUGCUUGCGAGACUGCGUGUGCGAGAACCCCGCCGAUUACAAGUGGACUGUCAAGCUAAUGCUCUUCGUCUACCUCAUCAUCGGGAACAUCAUGUUACUCAACUUACUCAUCGCUAUUUUCACGCAUGUAUUCGACGAGGUCCAUGAGAACAGCAUGGAGAUCUGGAAGUUCGAGAUGUACCGCCUGAUUCGUGAAUAUGAGAAGAAACCUGUUUUGGUAAUACCCCUUGUGUUAGUGCAGCAUUUCUGGCAGUUCUUUAAGGCUGUGGGGAGAGCUUGUUGUGCUGCUAAGGCCGAAGAAGAGUCGACUGAAUACGAGAGCGACGCUAUGGUAACACUGAGGCUGAUCGAGAAGGAGGCAACACAGGCUUUCCUGGCGAGGAUCCAUGCGGCUGAGGAGAACAGCCUUCAGGCGCGCGUGAAGAGGAUGAGCGACAAAAUUGACAGAGUAACAAAGUACAUUGACCAGAAAAUGGGGAUGAAAGAAAACGGGAAGUCAGAAGAACUACAGGAAAUGCAGAAAAACAAGGAUGGCAAAACCGAACGUCUUCCUGUGGUGUCUCCGCGCAGGAAGAUCACUCUUCUGCCCCCGAUGAAAGAUUCUUCUCAAAAACAGAAGCAGCAGGAAGGAAAGAAUUGCAAAAACGAUGAUGAUGACGGUGACGUCGAUGAGGACGAAAUUUCGGAUAACGAGAUCGAGUCUGAACUGGCUCAUCUCUUUGAUAGGGUCGACUCCGUGUCGAGGACAAGCACGCCACUCGCGGGGAGGAGGCGCUUGAACGAGCUGCAGAUUUACGAUCGCAUGAACGCCCUGGAAAGGAAGCUGAACGCCUACCAGAGGAGCGUCACUCUGGCGCUAGAGAAGAUUUUGGACGCGUUCGAUGAAAUGAAAAAGAAAACGACGAAGUAGGCCAACAGCUGAGCGGAAGGAAGUUGCGAUUUAUGCAAGUGUCUUGGAUGUUUAUAAGAACCUUUGGUGUGAUUUACGGUUGUGUGCAAAAGAGUUUUGUAGUGUCAUUGGUUAAAAAUCAGCAUGUUUCUAUUAGUUGGAUUAGCUUUAAAAAUGCGGUAUUUCCAGAAAUUCAAAUUGUUUCCUUGAGACAGAAACAUUUGUACAUAAGUACAAAUAAUACCAUCUCAAACUUAUUUUGGAAUAUAAUG